AUGGCUAAAAUCAGAUUUAAUAACAGCGCUGUUCGCAACGAGCCUCCGAAAAUCGGUCAGUUGAUCAGCUGGAGGCCUCGGGAACGGGAACGGCUGGAAAUCGAAAUUGUCGCACGGGGCGUGGGGCCUCCGUUCAGCCCCGAUUUCAGGCAUGUCGGUAACAACGGAAGUUUACGGCGAGAGGGCUACACGGUUCAAGUGAGCGUCAAUGACUACCUGGACAUCUACUGCCCGCAUUACAACGCCUCGGUGCCUGAAGGCCGCGUGGAGCAGUACAUUCUCUACAUGGUCAACUACGACGGCUACCGGACCUGCAACAUCAGCCAGGGCUUCAAGCGCUGGGAGUGCAACCGCCCCCACGCCCCCCACAGCCCCAUCAAGUUCUCCGAGAAGUUCCAGCGCUACAGCGCCUUCUCGCUGGGCUACGAGUUCCAUGCCGGACACGAAUAUUACUACAUCUCCACUCCGACGCACAACCACCGCCGGGCCUGCCUUCGCAUGAAAGUCUUCGUCUGCUGCGCUUCCCCGUCACACUCUGGGGAGAAAGCAGUACCGACCCUUCCGCAGUUCACUAUAGGGCCAGAGGUGAAGAUCGAGGACCUGGAAAAUUUUAACCCGGAGAUGCCGAAGUUGGAAAAAAGCAUCAGCGGGACCAGCCCGAAACGAGAACAUUUGCCCCUGGCGGUGGCGGCCGCCCUUUUCCUCAUGAUGCUCUUGGCCUCCUAGCCGCGUCGGUCGUCGCGGGACGGGGGGGCCGACCUGCACCGCCUACCCACGCUUGCCUGGGUCCGGGAGUCCCCUUCCAAGACAGCCUCGGUUUGCAGGCGCAGGACGAAAACGUUAUAUUUACGGGCGGCUGGAGGAGCCACCUGGCACCGAGCAGAAACGGCCUCGAGAUGCAGGAGGUGGCAUUUUUUCCCAGCUGUU